AUAAGAUACGUCAGUCUCGGGGCCAGUCGAUCGACUUGUCUAAGCAUUUAAUCCUGGGUCCUAUCUCUUUUCGACUAACCCUGUUUGUCUAUACAUACCUCCUCUGAGUGUACAGACUCUAUAUAUAAUCCGAUACUACUGACGAGUUGACCCCAACGAUGGCCACCACCACCGUCACUGAAUCCGCCCCUCAGAACGGUCACGGCAAUGGAUCAGCUUCGACCAACAAGUUCUUCGACGAUGUACACUUCCUAGGCGACAAAGAGGGCAAGGUUGUGAUCCGCUCGCCCCCGACUUUCAACAACCUUGGAGAUGAGCGGGCAUACCAGAAACAGCAUUUGGCCGUGGCCUUCCGUGUCUUUGCCCGGCAGGGAUUUGACGAGGGAGUGGCUGGACAUAUUUCGCUACGCGAUCCCCUAAAUCCUCACCACUUCUGGAUCAACCCACUCAGCAUGCACUUUUCCAUGAUCAAAGUUUCUGACCUCGUCCUCGUCAACGAGAAUGGCGAAGUUCUCCCCGGAGGCGCCCAGCAUCCCAUCAAUGGACCCGCAUUCGCCAUCCACAGUGAAAUCCAUAAAGCUCGCCCAGACCUGAAUGCCGCAUGCCACGCACACUCCGUCUACGGAAAGGCAUUCUCCUGCUUUGCGCGGCCCAUUGAAAUGCUGUAUCAGGACGCCCUGCGCUUCUACAACGAUCUGGCUGUGUACCCUCGCUACGGAGGCACCGUUCUCUCCACUGAAGAAGGGGCUCGCAUUGCCAAGGCCCUCGGUCCAACCUGCCGCAGUGUGAUUCUGCAGAACCACGGUAUGAUUACCUGCGGUAGAACGGUCGAUGAGGCGGCCUUCCUGUUCAUUGCCCUCGAUCGGUGCUGUCAUGCGCAGAUGAUGGCCAAUGCGGCGACCGGACCGGGGUGGGAGAAGGUAUACAUCAACAAAGAGGAGGCGGAGAUGACGCAUAGGAAGAGUGGGAACUCGAGUAAGAUGUGGUUGGCGUUUCAGCCGUAUUAUGACCAGGUGGUCAAGGAGGAUCCGAGAGUGUUGGAAUGAAUUUACUGUGCUAUGAUGUGAUGUUUUGAUGUUGUUAUGUAUUUUAUGGGAUCUAUUGAGCCCCAAAUUUCUAUUUCGAAAUGUGGUCUAUAUACACGUCGCUAAUAGGGUACAACCCCGGU